AAAAAGCCACCUGUCGCAAGAACUGAUUCUUUUAAAGCUCGCGAUUGACGUCACUCAUGGCCAGCAGCUGCGAUGUGCAUGCGUGACACAUAUGCAUGUGCCCAAGAGCUCCUGUCCGCCUCUGAGUAGCCUGAACUCGUGCCACGACAAAAGGGAGAGGGAGGUUAGAGGUUUAUUUGCUAGCCUGUUAGCCUACAACUCGGUCGUGAGAUCAGUGCCCGAGCCGGGUCAGUUGGAGAUGCGCGCGGGUGCCUGGUGCGUGCGUCGCUGCGGGACCGUCUGCCUGCGCUGAAUUAUCGCUGCGCCUUUAUCGCUGUCACUUGACAGCACGACAGAACCUUUGUCCGACAGAGCGGUGGACCAAUCUUGAUAUUGAGCGACGGCUUGAUCAAGGAAAGCGGGCGAGAGUUACCAAGCAGGUUGCGCACCUCAAGCAAGCACAGACUCUACUUCACUUAACGUUAAAAACAGUGACCUUAUAAACGACAGGGAGCUUUUUAAUGAAUCACAGCUCAGACUCGGUUGUUUUUUCUAUCCUCCUUUCACUAAGCAUGUGAAACCAGGAUUAGCGAAGAUGGAUUGCAGCCUAAUGCUCCUGGUGCUGCUAUAAUAUAGGCUACACAACGCAGAGCAACUGUGGUGCAGAAGAACACAAUACUAGUGCCUAAGGACAGUCGGUUUGCCUUGAACACAGGUGUUUCUGAAAAUAUGCAGACGCAUAGCUAACAACCCGAGAGACGGACGAAGAAGUGAAGAAAAUAUCUGCACCACAAAUACAUGAACCGGCUGCUUUUCGUUUUUCUGCCUGCUUCAUUUUUCCGGCAUCACACUCAGUCGAAGGAAGCUGACGGUUGUUCGGAAAAAAAUAUCUCCGUGGCAACCACGAGUCUGCGUCUGAUCUCGAGGUAGACAUUAGAUUUGACUCCUGUGACAAUUUUAUAUUUUAUUAUUGCUGAUAUUAUCCUAAAGGAAAAGCUAUCCAAUAUUAUUCUCUGACUGUUGCAGGAUCUAUUAUGAUUUUCGGAACAUUGCAUGAAUGAUAAUGCAGUAGCCUAUGACUUGAUUCCCAUCAUUAAUUAUUUAUGACCGUAAGUUUCCUUUCAGCCUUAAUCUUGCACCCUGUGUGCUCAGUAACAGAGCCGCGGCGGGCGAGUACGAGUGUGUUAACGGUGACCCUGUCUGUCAGACCGUUAGACGUAGCUUGGCUAGCUACAGAAACACACCUAGCAUAUAAAGGGAGGGAACUGUUGGAUUGAUCAUUUUUAUGGGCAGCGAACAGGUAGAGUGCUCAUUGUGUACAAUCCAGACAGAUGCUCCGAGUAGUUUAGCUGGCAAUGAGUAAUUCACACUGACCGUUCGACAGGUGGACCAAGGAAAGACUGUGCGUAAAACGCGUCCUGUAGCUGAAGGUUUGUUGACGUUUGUCAACCUGGUGUCAUUUUCGGACAAAUAUAAAUAUUUAAAAACUGAAUUAUGGUACCUGGGACUCCUGCAGCCAUGCUGCCAGCGUCGGAAGCUGCUAAGAUUUACCAGACUAACUAUGUCCGGAACUCCCGGGCCAUCGGUGUUCUGUGGGCCAUUUUCACUAUCCUCUUCGCUAUCGUCAAUGUGGUGUGCUUCAUCCAGCCGUACUGGAUCGGGGACGGCGUUGACACGCCGCAGGCAGGGUACUUCGGCCUCUUCCACUACUGCAUCGGCAACGGGCUGUCUCGGGAGCUGAAGUGUCAAGGCAGCUUCACGGAGUUCAGUUCCAUCCCCUCUGGCGCCUUCAAGGCCGCAUCCUUCUUCAUCGGCAUGUCAAUGGUCCUGGUCAUCACCUGCAUCGUCUGCUUCGCGCUCUUCUUCUUCUGUAGCACGGCCACCGUCUACAAGAUCUGCGGCUGGAUGCAGCUAGCCUCUGGGACCUGCCUGGUCCUGGGCUGCAUGAUCUUCCCUGAUGGCUGGGACUCGGACGAGGUGAAGCGGAUGUGCGGGGAGCAGACGGACAAGUACACGCUGGGCGCCUGCUCGGUGCGCUGGGCCUACAUCCUGGCCAUCAUGGGCAUCCUGGACGCCCUCAUCCUCUCCUUCCUGGCCUUCGUUCUGGGCAACCGGCAGGACGGGCUGAUGGCCGAGGAGCUGCUGGGGGACGGCAAGGAGAGUGGAAAUGCCUAAAGCACAGACUGGUUUUGUUGCUGCCCAGUAGGGGGCAGUCUCAUGUUCCAGCUUAUAACCCACUACCCUGAGGGUGAGGGGCAAGGCUGUAGCUGUGGGAGGAGUCAAAAGGAAUGAUUGAAGCCAGGAGUCGCCUCGCAGCAACCACACCCCCCCCCAAUCUCCAAUUGUAAAGACCCCACCCCCCUGGUCCCUACUGAUUGCUGGCCCCCAGGGGCCCCAUUCUCUUCAAAAGACUUCUUCUGUUUUUUUUACAAGUUGAACGUGGACUAGUAUCAGCAAGAUCACGGUCUCAUGAAUGACUGAAAUACGACAUUACAAACAAAUCAAUUUCAAUACCCAGAGAUUUGACUCUGGAUAUUCUAAUUUGACACAAUGUCACAUAGCCGCACACACACACACACACACACUCACACAAUAUGCACAUAUAGCAACACCAGGGUGUCACACACAUGCACACACUCUUGUCGUUACAGUCACACCCUACAAACUGAGACCUGUUGACCUUCAGCUUAUGUAUAAUAAGAAAACAUUCUAUAUCGCAUUCAGAAACAACACGCAUAUUAAUACAGUGUUUCUCGGUUCAGAGUCACGUUUUAGUUUAGCGAACGGAAAAUGUCCUCUUGUGAAGUCGGUGUCAGUUCAUCUUAUUUUGUCUUUCGACUCUGUCCCGCUGUUUGAGACUUGGCCCUGUCUGCCCGCUGGGACAGCGCCGGGGUGCCCAGCCCCCCCGUGCCGCAGCAGGAGCGCCGCGCCGCGCUUCUGUUUUUCAGAGCGGAACCUUCCGGAAUCGGGGUGCGGCCGGUUCCGUUCCGCUCCGCUCCGCUCCGCGCUGGACCAGGAGCGAGAGCUGGGAUUUCGGCUUGAGGUCCGCGGAAAAGCCCGGAAAAAGGCCUGCGCCUGCGGACAUCAGCAUGGACUGACACGCGGAAGCUGCUUCUCAAAGAACCGCCUGUGUGUUCCAUUGGGGUUGGUGGGGAGGGGGGGGGAGUUGUGUCCCUCAUGGAAUAUUAUGAUCUGAUUGGCCCCUCCCUAGAGGUGCUGGGAUGACAGGCGAAGACAGAAGGGGUUUGGAAAAUGGUGGUGAACGGGUAUGAGUCCCCAGUGCAGCACCCCACAGGAGGAAUCCUCAUGUACAGUAGAUAUAUACUUAAUGUAAAUUUAGCUGAUUUUUCAGCAGCCACUGAUGCUUUGAAAGGCCAACGAACCAUACAGUAUUGUACUCGUUUUGAAUAUAUUUGUUAAACUCUGUUGCAGACACUUUCAUAGCCACACUUACUGUCUUAAUGAAUUAUCUCCAUAAUGCAUUGUAUUAUAAAGAUACAGUCCAUCAGUAUAUAUACAUGUGCCAUGCUGUAUAUAGCAGUCAGUAUUAUAGCACUAAAGGUAUAUUUCAUUGGUUCUUCUGUACGGUAAGGGUUGGACACAGAAGCCAGGGAUAGAUCUAUCCUUAUAUAAUAGUGCAGCUUUGUCCUAUAUCGGUCCACUGCAAACAUCCUACCAGAUUUCUUGCUUCGGACAAUGUGGACAACGGACAAUUUCCACCUCUUCCUCGCUGUAACUUGUGUUUGGACUCAAAAAAUGGGCACUUAUAUUGUACCUGUUUCUCCCCGUCUUGUCUUUUCUCCCAAUAGGUAUUCAGCAUUUCUUAAAAAAAGAUGAAAGACACAAAUGGUCAAUACCUGGAUGAUGAUUAUAACAGUAUGAAAACUAAAAUUACCUUUGGACAACAGUGGUUCAUUUUGAGUUUCUUUUAGAAUUCCAUGAAUGGAGUCAGUGAUGGACCUGAAGUGUGUUUUUGCACAGUAAUCAUAGGCCUGAAAAGUGUAUGUGUUUUACUGCUACUGAAAAUGUCAUUCAAAGAAUAUGAGAGUCGUUCCAACAGGAAGGUGUGUGCGUGUGUGUGUGUGCGUGCGUGCGUGCGUGUGUGUGUGCGUGCAUGCAUGUGCACGUGUGUGUCUUUGGGGUUGCAGGAAGGAGGAUUGGGAUAAGGAUCCUCUCCAUCUGAAACAAACCAAACCUUUUCAUGGUUGGAAAAGAUGCUCCAUUUAGUUAAAUAGCAAUGUGACUAAGGACCCACUCCAUUGACACUGAGGGAUAAUCCACUGCCACACAUAGCAGCCCACGCUCAUCACACCCCUUCGGUUUCUGUGCCAGGAUUGGCUGGGAGGCUGAACGAGCCUGGGCCUGGUCAGCACAUGAGACGGGAACAGCGAGUAUGACACGUCAGGCUGUGGUCGGUCGGGUUUCAGGGAAUCAGAACAUUCACAAGCACUUGUCCCUCAUCCUGAUGCACAUAAUCAGGAUGCUGUUCACUGAUAAUUAGGCAGGCAGUAAAGGCGACUGAAAAUUUUCUAAAAUCUGAUGUAAUCAGGCCAUGUUGAGAGAGAGACUUUGAUUUUUUUCCAUAGGUUAUCAAUUACAGCCUAGUGUGGCGCCUGCACUGGCAGCUCUCCUGGGCAACAACCGGGACUCACUAAAUCUGUGUGUGUUUGAGCAGGAACUGGCUGUGGAGUUCUUUAGUCUGUGGUGUAAUGCUGCCAUGGAUACGACCAUCGAUUAGCUGUCCAUACAAAUAUCUGUGAUGUCACGUGCUAAAUAAAAAAACUACAUGUGUCGCUUGGUCAUGGUGCAAACUACUCAGAUUUAUGACAGGAGCAGUGUGGCUAUGUCUCAGUUUGUUCAGUAGCCUACAUGAAAAUAAAGGCUUGAGUGAAUAAAUUGCUUUCCUUUAGCCCCCCACCUCCGACCCCCCAGCAGGGGUUGAGGGUGGUGAAGGGUGGCAGUGUGGUUCACAUCCAGGCCGCCUGCCCCCGCAGCCCUCAGUAUGGACAGCGUGAGGGUCAUUAUGUUCCAUCCGAGUGAUGAAGACCAGUCCAUCUCUGAGGGGCUGAAAGAUCCCUCUUAAGGGCUGGAAAAGGAUGAUAAGGAGAAAGAAGAUAGAAUGGUGGGGUGGAUCUGAGUUCAUUGAACAGGGCUUGAUCCUCAGUCUCUCCAUAUCUCCCCAGGGGGGAGUGAACGUCUGGUGAUGGCCACAAAGCAUGCAGACGGAGCAGAAGAAGCCAUAACCAAUCAGUGAGUUGUUGGUUUAAAAGACUAAUUUACAGUAAACAGCUCCAGUAAGGUCAGUGCGAGUGAGAGAGUCCCAGAGAGAGAGGCCCUGGUUACAGCAGCACGUCAGAGCGGACCAGGGGUCCCCAGCGGACGAGCGUCCCUUCCAGUGCAGAGUCUGCACCGCGUCCCCCCAGCCGAGAAACACACGGCCAUUUACGCACAGCCGGGGAAACCGCUGCUCCCGGGGAGACUGAUUUACCCUCGCGGGAAAGUAAAGCACCACAAACCCCAUUAAUCUGGGUGUGGCUAUCACUGUAAGCAUAUACGGCCAACCACAGUUUUUCCAGGGAAGAACGAAGCCGUUUUUAUGGAGAUCGCAGGCACCAAGGCAAGGGGCAGUGCUACCAAUUCUCAUUCGUUUAAACCAAAUCCUCAGAUCUGUUCUAAAAGCUUGUUCUUUUGUUCAAAAUGUUAAAGCUAUUUCAGUGUUGUUUUAUGAGUGUGAUACUUGAAGCAUGAUGAGUGAGGUGUGAGUGUCCGCGUGUCAACAGAUGCGUACAUUAUAUUGGCAACCCUGAACGCAGCAGCACAGUCAGUCGAGUACUCCUACACACACUCCUGGAAAGUGCACGUGCACACACACUUACUCAUACACUUACUCAUCGCCAUUACUGUCAACUAAUGUGACUCAAUCACACCGAAACCUCAAUCAUUUCUGCUUUUCUCUCUUAACAGGUCAGAUUGUGUGUGUAACUGAGCAGGGGCAAUACAGGGUAUAUAAUGGAGAGUUGUACCUGAGGGCUGGGAAGAGUAAUUCAACAUCCUGAGCGUUCUGGGAGUCCAACGAAAGAGUUACAGUAGUUGUCAGACGCCUUUCCCAAAUUCUCUCCUGUAAAUAUGUUGACGUAAACAUGUGACACAUGUCAUUUAGAAAAAAUUCUAAAACUAGAAAUAGUAAAAAGCUUUAGGCUAAAUAAAAGUUUCAAUUAUGUCGACAAUA